CGAUGGCCCGAACAAAGGCUUCGGCCAAACGAAAGGCCAAAGAAAUAAUGUCAAGUAUUGACAACACAAGUGUUGGACAACAACGAGGAAAGAAAAGACGGACAACGACUAUUGUGACGGCAGAAGUUGAGUCAACUGAUGGCGCGUCUGUGGUCUCAAUCGAUGACAAACCGAAGAGAAAACAAGUGGGAAGAAAGAAAAAGAUUGUCAAUACAGACAAGUCUGCGACCAAUAAAUUGCCGAAUAAAAUGUCGACUUCCAGCCCUUCCAAAGCAAAAUCAAGUGGUCGUAAACCAGGUCGACCACCGAAGAACCCGUUGGCCAAUUUCCAACUGUCCGGUGGCCGUAAAAAGCAAAACCGAAAAGUGGCCGACACUGAGAGGCGAUUGUUUACAAUCAAAGAAAAGAAGGCUUUCUAUGAAUGUCUUAUUUCAAAGGGAUUCAGUUGUAUUAACAAUGAAGAAGUAUUGCAACAAAUAUUUCCCAAUCGAUCUAUGAAUGAGAUUAAUGCAUUCAUUGAUAGCUUUAGCCGAAAAGCGAAGGAUUUGAAUCGUUUGAGUGAAGAGAGUGAUUGUGUGGAUGCAAAUACCAACAAACAACCCAUUGAGAAGUGGUUUGAUGUCUUGCACUUAACUGUUCCCAUUUCAAUGCGAAAAGACGAUAUGUCCGGUAUAUUAGUCGAUAUAUUCAGCGAAUUAAGUGCCAAACAUUCCGAUUGCGUUUAUGAAUCUCAAGAUCCGGAAUUAGCCCCCAAUUAUGGUCACAUAUACGCCUGUAUUCGCGACUCUUUGAAUAAUAGAUAUGCACCACAAUUGAAGUCAAUUGAUGCCUUUGUUUUGGUUCAGAUGAUUGAAGAGCUCAAAGAAUUGAUUAGAAAUGAUGAUUAUAGCAAAGAGUCUGAAUUUUUAGCAUCUGGUAAGUGGUGGCAACUAAUAGACAAUAAAUCAAGUGAAGACAUUUUUAGUGAUAUUUAUAUGAGAAGACAACAAGAAAAUGUUAUUCAGGAUAGUAAUGAAGAACCGGUUGCCACUACAUCUCAUGGAACAACUAGUCAAGUGAUGAACGGUAUUCAUCCAAAUGUUGACCACGAAGUGAUCUCAAGUCCAUUGACUUCAUCGGGCAAUACCAGUCGUGAACGCAUUGUAAGCAUUAUUCAAAACUAUCCAAAACUUAGAAAGAUUAGCGAAUGUUUGAAUCCAAUCAAAGUUCCCAUACAUUUCACACACAAUCAAUACAAGCGAUGGCAACAUAAAUGAACUUUUUUUAGUUCAAAUUUAUCACAUAUUUAACAUAAUAUUACUUUUUUCAUAUCAUAUUUAGUUUUACCGGUAUUAUUAAUAUUAUCUGUUCAUUGAUUACAUUUCUCAU